AUAGGAUGUGAGUAUCUUAAAGGGAGAGAGACAAAUAAACCUUGGUUAAGGACAGUGGAAAGGAGUACCUUGGAAAGUUUAUGAUGGAGCUCUUAAACCUAUCUUCUGAUAGGCUUUUGGACAAAUGAAGACACAGCAUAUGCUAGGAAGUACAGAUAUAUACCAUGACACUCUUAUAGGUUUGCACAUCAAAAUGGAUCUAUAACUUCCCCUAACAGUUUAUUUCAACUUUGGUGCUGCAGUUUAUUAUAUGUUACAUUCUUCAUUUAGAUUGAGAGUCAAUGAAAGAAAAUUAUCACGAUAGAUUGGUUGGGAAAUGUAACUUAAAAUGGUAGUUGUGAGACAUCUGAGAUUAUAUUGAUGGCAUUUGGCAGCUUGUUGAAUGGGCAGGAAUGACAUAACCUUGAGAUUUGUGACUAGACAAAACAUUCCAAUAUAUAACACUUGGAAAAAUGUGUAAGUCAAAAAUGUCAAUGACACAGAAAAAGGGAUCUUGGCAUAUAGUAGCCUGGGCAAUGUAGCUUUCCUUGGCUCUAAGUGUAGGAUUGAGAUAUUUUAGCAUAAUACAAAGGAAAUUAAGCAGAGCUGUGGAAAUCUCAAUGUGUAGGAAAAAAGUUUGACCAAGGCAUCAGUUUGCGGUCUGUUGUAUAUUGAUGCAGUAGCAGCUAGUCCUUUUAUUAAAUCUGGACAUUCCAUUGAAAUAGGAAACUGGGAGUUUGCAAAAUAGCCAGUUUUACAAUCUUUUAUUUGGGUUCCUUAAGCAGAUACUAAAAAACUAUUAGCAUGCUAAAAUGUAUUGGAGUGUGAGGACCUUUGAAGGAGAGGAUGUGGGAAAAGAUUGGGUACGGCUAGCACAUGGCAGUUCUACGAUUUGUGUAGACCAGUGGUGGUCCUCAAGCCAAAGUUGCACUUGGAAGAGUCCCAUGUUUCACAGACAUAGGCUUGUUUUUGUAUGCCAGGAUCCUGGCUACUAGCAGCCUUUGGAACAUGUGGCCUCAAGGCAAACAAGGUGGAUGGUGAAGAGAAGCAGCUUGAGGGCCAUUAGUCAGUUAGGCUCUUCAGUUUUAACUGAACUUCAUGGCCACAGAAUUUGGUUAUUAGAGCCAUAAGAAAACAACUUGGAACAUCUGGGGGCAAGAGCAGGAAAUACCAAUUUCAGACCUACUCCAGUGAGAGUUUACCCCUCAAAUGGUCAAUAUAAACUAAAAUUACCUAUUUCGUUGUGACAGGUGUCAGUGCUCGGGGUGGUCAGGGGUAGGGGGUAAUGCUUGGGAUGCAUUUCGGAAAAAGGAAAUGGCACAAAGGUUUUACGUGAAAGCGGAAGGCCUUUGAGGAACCAUUGAACUGGGUUAUGCAAUAUGACUUAAAACCCACUGAAGAUAAUUGUAAAGUAGAAAACUAAGAUGCAGUCUUGUGUGCCGUACAAUGGAUUUUAGAUUAUUGUAUGUAAUAGAGUGUCAAUUUGAUUGUCAGGGUUGACCAGAUUUAUUUUAGAACUAGUGGCAACCCAGCAUAGACAGGAAAACCAGGUAGGGUUUGCAGUCUUAACAGAUUUUUAAGCACUGAAACAGACUACAUAAACACUAAAACCAAGUGGGGAGGAGUUUUCAUGUUCCCAGCUUUGGUUGCUGGGCAGGUAAUUGUGCAUUUGCAAAGCUGGGGAACCAUGAGGGAUUUUGUGGGGAGGGGUGUUGAUGAGUUUGAGGAACUCAGCUGUGAACAUGUCCAGGAAGGCAGAUGGAUAUUCGGGUCUGGAUUAGUUAUGUAAAGGAGAGAAAAAUCUCAAUGCCGUUCAGCUUUAGAAGAGUUGAGUGAAUGUGUCUUCAUUGUGAGUGAAUAGAUGAUAGAGCAAUGGUGAGUAAACAAAUGGGCUUUGGAGCAAAGCAGGGAAGAAAGCUGAGAAUCCUUAGGAUAAUGGGUAAAUGCAGUAAUAAAGGAGACUUGCAUGCAAAUUAAUCCUUUUCAGCUGAUGUAAUGCAGCUCUUGUAAAUGAAAGGCUACAUAAUGCUUUGUUGCUGCCCUAAGAGGUUUGCUCACUACAAAGGUAGACCUUAAGCCAAAGUUAUCAUUGGAUGAGUCCCAUGUUUCAUGGAAACAAACUGAAUGGCUAACAGCUUGCCUGCUAGACCACUGAAACAGCAUACUACUGUUAGAACUAGGAACUUAAAGAUGACUGGUCACAGUCUAUAAUUUCUUUGUGGUCUUGUGGAAAGAGCACAUGUUCUGAAAGAGAAAAUUUAGUUUGGAAUCCCAACUUCCACCAGUUGUGGGAUGAUGGACACAUUGUCUUAUGAGUCUACUUACAAAAUGUCCCACCCCUGUGUAUUUGAGUACAUGAUCUUUGCCAAUGAAAUAUAAACUCUUGGGGAUUUUCUAUUUUUUUCCUACUACUACGGUUCCUAUAUAGUACUUGCAAUAUCCAAUUCCUGUUGAAUGACUUCCAGCUAAGUGCUUCCAGUUCCUAGUUUUAAUUCUUUGUUUCUUGGGCCAUGGAGAUUUGUCCCUAUUUCCAAUUUUUUUUGGUAGUUCCUCACUGCUCAGUUUUGAAGGUAGAGUUUCCUUAAUGGCAAGGAUACAUGUAAUCUGAGUUAAUACAGUUGCUAUUCUUGGUUUUUAAAUAAGGGAUGGGGUUAAAUAGUAAAGGACCCACCGUUGAUUUUAUAGGAAAUAACUUUAAGAAUGGACCUAAAAUUAGUGACUGAAGAAAAAAUGAAAAUUCCAUUCACCUUAUUUACAGAGGGCUGUACCAUAAAAAGUUCGGCAGCUGUUUAAGCUACUUGUCACCUAUUGGGUGAAUGUCUUUUCUGUGACUAACUGAAUUAAAGAGUGAAAAACUGCCUCUAAAACACCCACAUACCACAACCCCGUUACAGUCAACAGCUCAACUCACCAGGGCCGCCUGCCAAUCAGCAUUUAUUGGCUGGCUUUGAGCAAUUAGGCGCGAUGUACGUCUCAUGUUCCGCGGUGAACUUCUUGCAGGUGACGCUAUCCAAUGGAAAAACAUCUUUUCGCUGUCUGGCCCUUCCACCCUCCUUGAGAGGCGAUGGGCGGGACUGGCGCCGGGCGCGGAGGCGUCACGUACUCCAUGGUAACGACGCUCGGCAUAAAGAUGGCGCCUGAGUGGGGUGGAGGAACGGGUUCCUCGGGUUUAGGCCCGCGCCCAAGCCGGUGGCACUGGAGCUGUUCUUUAUGGGUUCGAGGCGUUUUACUCCUGUUGAGCGGUUUCCGGGCAAGCGCUACAUCUAUUCCUGUCUCCUUGGGCAGUUCUCCUCCCUGCCGGCACCACGUCCCCUCUGACACUGAGGUCAUAAAUAAAGUUCAUCUUAAGGCAAAUCAUGUUGUAAAGAGAGAUGUUGAUGAGCAUUUAAGAAUCAAGACUGUUUAUGAUAAAAGUAUUGAAGAGUUGCUCCCUGAGAAAAGAUACCUUGUAAAGAACAAACUUUUUCCACAAGCUAUUUCUUAUUUAGAGAAGACUUUUCAGGUUCGUAGACCUGCUGGCACUAUCUUACUUAGCAGACAAUGUGCAACAAACCAAUACCUGCGGAAAGAAAAUGAUCCCCAUAGAUACUGUACCGGGGAAUGUGCAGAGCGUACAAAAUGUGGCCCAAUUAUAGUGCCUGAAGAGCAUCUCCAGCAAUGCAGGGUCUGCCGUGGGGGUAAGUGGCCCUGUGGAGCGGUGGGUGUGCCAGACCAAGAGGGAGUCCAGGAUGCCGACUUCGUUCUUUAUGUUGGUGCCUUGGCCACAGAGAGGUGUAGCCAUGAAAACAUAAUCUCUUGCAGCCUAUUUUUUUUUAAGCAAAAAUGGACAGCUUUUGAAUGUCGAAAAUGCUUAGAGUCAGAUAUUGAGUGUAUGACUAAAAGUGCUAUAUGUUUUAAGCCACUGGCAGAGUUUUGGCCAGUAGCAGGAUAUGCUAACCUGUGUCCAAAUAUGAUCUCUACCCAGCCUCAGGAGUUUAUUGGGAUGCUGUCCACAGUGAAACAUGAGAUUAUUCAUGCCCUGGGUUUUUCUGCUGGGCUGUUUGCAUUCUACCAUGAUAAAGAUGGAAAUCCUCUAACUUCAAGGUUUGCAGAUGGUCUCCCACCUUUUAAUUAUAGUCUUGGAUUAUAUCAAUGGAGUGAUAAAGUAGUUCGAAAAGUAGAAAGAUUAUGGGAUGUUCGAGAUAAUAAAAUAGUUUCUCACACUGUGUAUCUCCUAGUAACACCUCGUGUUGUCGAUGAAGCACGAAAACAUUUUAACUGUCCAAUUCUGGAAGGAAUGGAACUUGAAAAUCAAGGUGGUAUGGGCACUGAGCUCAACCAUUGGGAAAAACGGUUAUUAGAGAAUGAAGCAAUGACUGGUUCUCACACCCAGAACCGAGUCCUCUCUCGAAUCACUCUGGCAUUAAUGGAGGACACUGGCUGGUAUAAAGCUAAUUAUAGCAUGGCUGAGAAGUUAGACUGGGGCCGAGGAAUGGGCUGUGACUUUGUCAAGAAGAGCUGUAAAUUCUGGAUUGAUCAGCAGAGAAAAAAGAGACAGAUGCUGAGUCCUUACUGUGACACUCUCAGAAGUAAUCCACUGCAGUUAACAUGCAGGCAAGACCAGAGAGCAGUUGCAGUGUGUAAUUUGCAGAAGUUUCCAAAGCCUUUGCCUCGAGAAUACCAGUACUUUGAUGAGCUCAGUGGAAUACCUGCAGAAGAUUUGCCUUAUUAUGGUGGUUCAGUAGAAAUUGCUGACUACUGCCCUUUCAGUCAGGAAUUCAGUUGGCAUUUAAGUGGUGAAUAUCAACGCAGCUCAGAUUGUAGAAUAUUGGAAAAUCAACCAGACCUUUUUAAAAACUAUGGUGCUGAAAAGUACGGACCUCAUUCAGUUUGUCUAAUUCAGAAAUCAGCAUUUGUCAUGGAAAAGUGCGAAAGGAAGCUGAGUUACCCAGACUGGGGAAGUGGAUGUUAUCAGGUUUCUUGUUCUCCACAAGGUCUGAAGGUUUGGGUCCAGGACAUUUCAUAUUUGUGUAGUCGGGCCGGGCAGGUUCUACCCGUCAGUAUUCAGAUGAAUGGCUGGAUUCACGAUGGAAACCUGCUCUGCCCAUCAUGUUGGGACUUCUGUGAGCUCUGUCCCCCAGAAACAGAUCCUCCAGCUACUAACUUGACCCGAGCUCUGCCUCUGGAUCUCUGUUCCUGUUCCUCUAGCCUGGUGGUCACCCUCUGGCUUCUACUAGGCAACCUGUUUCCUCUGCUGGCUGGAUUCCUUCUGUGUGUAUGGCACUAGAAAUGGAAAAGUAGAUUCUCGAGACAUUCCUUCGUGUCUUGUUCUUGUGAACAAAGCACAAAAUCUGGGCGAGUGCCAGCCUA